AUGGUUCAUGGGUAUCAAUACAGACCACAGUUGGACCAUGGACCAGAUAUGGUCCUUGGCAGCAGCCUAGGCUUGGAUGUCACCAUGGCCCUAGUUGGCAGAGCAGGUCCACUUAUAUCAGGAUGUCCAGUGAACCCUGACAUGGCCCCAGGUUUGGACCCAAAUCCUGGGCAUCCACAGCCUUUGAUGGCAGCAGGAGCCUCAGACAUUAGUGCAGGUCCUGGUUAUGUUGGGCAGGGCCCUUUUAAAAGGGAAUAUAGUGAGUGUGCACUAUAUUGGUUUACAAACCAAGGAACAGUGAUCCAUUUUAACCACCCCAAAAUUCAGGCGUCUCUGGCAGCAAACACCUUCACCAUUACAGGCCAUGCUGAGACAAAGCAGCUGACAGAAAUGCUUCCCAGCAUCCUAAACCAACUUGGAGCAGACAGUCCGACUAGUUUAUGGAGACUGGCUGAAGCUCUGCCCAAACAAUCUGUGGAUGGAAAAGCACCACUUGCUACUGGAGAGGAGGAUGAUGAUGAAGUCCCAGAUCUGGUGGAGAAUUUUGAUGAGGCUUCUAAGAACGAGGCAAACUGAAUUGAGGAGACUUCUAAAGAAGGAGACACUUGCAGAAGUCACAGGAGCUGCUAUUUUCUAUCAUGACUGCUUUUUAAAAUUCUCUUGUUUAUGGAUCUGAUAAAAAUCUAAAUCUCUAAUUUUUAAGCCCAAGCCCCCUGGAUACUGAAGCUCUUUUCAGUUUUUGCUUAAACACAAUUAAUUCUUUGCAGCAAAUAAAGCUGAGGAAGCCUGGGAAUAAAGUUUGGAAAGAGGUUAAUAAAUUCUUUUCCUAGUUAAAAAGACAGGACAGUACAGAUAUCUGAAUACUAACAAAAGUCAGUGGGAAUUUAAUCUUUGGGCUUUAAGACAGCUAGGGUAUCUAACUCCAGUUUAGUCAUUCAGUAAUUUCAUUGUGUUACCAUAAAAUUAUAUACAUAUUUUUAUAAGGAGCAAUUUAUUGGGAUACUAGCCUUUUUCCCCCUUUGGUUAUUUUG